GCAACUCCGGCGAGCGCGAGUGAGCGAUCGAUCCAUCUACCGGCGAUGAUUCUGCGGAGGACGCUGCCGAGGCUGGCCUCGGCGAAGGACGGCAGCGGCGGCGGCUUCGCCGACGGCCACUUCCCCUCCCUCCGCGGCCACCCCGCCGCGCGCGCCAACGCGCGGGACGCCGCCGAGAAGCAGGCGGCGCUGGCUGCGAAGGAGGAGGAGAUCAGGGACCACCGGCGCGGCGACGCCGCGGCGGCGUCGCCGGCGCCGUCGACGGUGAAGGAGUUCCGGGUGUACCGGUGGAGCCCGGACGCCCCCUCGCGGCGGCCGCACCUGCAGUCGUACCACGUCGACCUCGCCACAUGCGGUCCCAUGGUGCUGGACGUCCUGCAGAAGAUCAAGGCGGAGCACGACGCGACGCUGGCGUUCCGGCGGUCGUGCCGGGAGGGCAUCUGCGGGUCGUGCUCCAUGUGCAUCGACGGGGUGAACACCGUGGCGUGCCUCAGGCCCGUGGACACCGACACCUCGUCGGCCACGACGGUGACGCCGCUGCCCCACAUGUACGUCGUGAGGGACCUCGUCGUCGACCUGACCAGCUUCUACCAGCAGUACAAGUCGGUGGAGCCGUGGCUGAAGAGGAAGACGAAGACGAAGACGGAGACGACGGAGCACGCGCAGUCGCCGGAGGAGAGGAAGAGGCUGGACGGGCUGUACGAGUGCAUUCUGUGCGCGUGCUGCAGCGCGGCGUGCCCGUCCUACUGGUGGAACGCGGAGGCGUUCCUGGGGCCGGCGGCGCUGCUGCACGCGUACCGGUGGGUGUCGGACAGCCGCGACGAGUACGCGGCGGAGCGGGUGCAGGCGCUGGCGGAGGGGUGGGACAAGCUCUACCGCUGCCGGAUGAUCAAGAGCUGCACGGCCACCUGCCCCAAGAGCCUCGACCCCGCCGCCGCCAUCUCCGCCAUGAAGACCCUGCACCAGCUCGGCAAGCCAUGACAGAGACACACAGAGAGAGAAUGUUGUUCUAGUGUUUAGCGUGCGUUCCAGUUAAUUAAUCUAUUUUUGAAUAAUAAUCCAUCGAAUUACUACGAUUAAGGUCAUA